AUGUUGAAGAAGCUGGUCCUGAGAGAUGAGGAACUGGAUGACGUUGUACUCCCGAAGGAGGAGGUGGUGAACCUAAAGGAAGGCGCUCGUUGGAUGGCGGUGGUCAGAGUGCAUACUACCAGGCACUUUGGAAACCAGCCCUUCUUUCAAAAGAUGGACGUAGCUUGGGGUUUCGCCAAGUCAUGGACAAUAAGGCCUGUGGAAGAUAACCUGUUUAUCCUCCAGGUAUCAUGCUUGGGAGACUGGAAUAGGGUCAUGAACGAUGGUCCCUGGAUUUUCCGCCAUAUGGGUGUGAUGGUGGAACCCUACGAUGGUGUGGCAGACCCGACCACGAUGGUUCUCAGUCGCUUGCAUGCAUGGGUUCAGGUGCGAGGGAUUCCACCGCUGUUUCGGAAGGAUGACAUUGCGCGUGAUAUGGCCGCUCGGAUUGGGGAGGUGCUUGGAACGGAGAUGUAUGCGCUGCGAGCCAGUGGUACGAGUUUCGUGAGGGUUAGGGUCAAGCUGGAUGUUCAUAAGGCCCUGACCAGAGUUGUGGGGCUGCACCCCGAAGGAAGCGAACGAUUGAUGUUCCAAGUCCUAUAUGAGAAGCUGCCUAAAUUCUGUGAUGUAUGUGGGCUUCUAGGUCACGGAGAUGCGGAGUGUGAGGAUGGUGUGCAUGAACAAUCGGCGAUGCAAUAUGGGGCGUGGAUGAUUGCGCCGAUGGAAGACUGGCAUCCCAGUUCAUCAGGGGUGCGCAUAAGGGAGCCGUCGAGGGAUAAUUUCCGUGGAGGAAGAGGAGGGGGACGGGGCACUGGGGCUGCUGAUUCCUGA